UAUCUUAUUUAUAUCUGUAAGCUUGGUUUGUACCGCCAUUUUGUAUUCAGCAAGUUAGUAGGAUACAUGCAUCUGACACAUGGAAAUAUUAAAAUUCAGAAUACGCAUUUGAGAUGUUGAUAAUUUGUGUUUUAUAUAACAGAAAAGGACAUACAUACAUUUAAAGUCAAAAUGACGCAGGAUGAAACGAUUAUGACAAAGAUACAGAAGGUAGAAGAUACAUUAAAUGAAUCCAUGUACAAACUGGAUGUGUUGAAAAAAAGACUCAAGACAAAAUUGCUCACAAUGGAAACUCGUGAGGAAUUGGAGUCAAAACUGGAAGAAAUUCAGGAGGUACUUGUAAAAAAUGAAGAGAAAUUAAAAAGCCUAAGGAAACAAAAUACAAAGUCAUUCAUGGUAGCAGCAAGCAUGAUUUUUGCAUGUUUUCUGCUCUAUGGCUUAUAUGUAUUAUUUUAUGGAACGAUAUAAAUUAACAUUCCUAAAUUAUGCAUAUUUUAAGAAAUGUCAUUAGUGUAAUAUAUUAGACAUUUAUUCAAUUUUUUGUAUUAUAAUUAUUUUUUUGUAAUUUUAUACUUAUUGGGUACUGUUAGAAAAAAAUUUCUUAAUGCUGCUCAAAUUUUUUACUAAUAUAGCAGAUUUCUCUAUAAAUACUGUAUAUUGUAUCACAAUAGCAAUAUUACUAAUGUAAAGAUUAUCUUUCGACACAGAAACAAUUACUUUGGAAGAUAGUUUUUAGUAAUAGUAACUUUCCUUUAUAAAUAUAUAUCCAAAAUUUAAUUAGCAUUCAUGAUCAAAUUAUAUGGUAAUUUCCAGAAAGAUUGAUAUGCCAAUAUAUUUUAUUUAAAUCACGUAGAUAUAUUUUAUAAUAUAAAAUAGAUUUGUCAUGGUUAUUACACAAAUAGUUAACGAAAUAGAAAGUUAUGUUUAUAUUAGUUUUACAACAAAUUCACAACAUUUAUAAACUGGUAAUCGUUAAAUUAUUAGCAAUAUUCUGCGAGUAAUGUUUCAUUUCUAAAUAUAUUAUAUUAUUUAUAAACAUAUAUAUUCGAAGAUACAAAUUAGGAGUUAUUAACUUAAGCAGUAACUAAAUCGUACUGUGGCGUUCCAGCACGACGACUCCGCAUGUACUUAGCAUGUACUUCGGUAUCUAAGUAACUAGCUCGAACAACAGGAUUCUCCUUCAUGGCAGAUCUCCAUUCCAACUAGUAUUGUAUAGGUAACAAAAAAGAAAAAUUUGUUGUUUAUAUACCCUAAUUUAUAUAAGAUAAUUUUAUACUACAUUUGACAAAUAUAUUUGUAACUUACCAGUCUCUUGAACCUAUCACGUGGUAUAGUAAACUGAUCUCCACGUAAAACUCUAAUUACAUCAGAUCUCUCCCACCAUGGCCAUAUCAUAAAAUCUAACAUACCAGGAGAACUACCAUGAAAGAAUGGUGUUCCUUUUGAUACAAGUUCUCUUUCAAAAAGACCCAAUUCUGAUAAGACUUCAUCAAAUAUGUCUCUGUCUAUAGAUGUACUGACGUAUAACUAAAAUAAAAAUAUUUGUAUUCUAGUUGUACAUAAUAUUUGUAUUUUGCAUAAGUACAUUGUAUAUAUGAGAAAUAAAUACCUUAUACAAAGUA